UCUUGAUUUUGAGAGAGAUGGCAGAUAACGUGUUUGGCGAACCCAUCACAAACGCAACUUUGGAGGGCAUGCGAGAGUAUGCAUGUAGGCGGGAGCAAAUUGAAAGAAUCGACAGGGCACGCGUGGCCAUGAAUAUGAAAAAUGCGGCGGGGAAGGACGCGAAAGCGCGAGCACGUGUGGAAAAAUUCAAGGCAGAAUCCGGUGCCGGAAUCGCCACUCUCUGCCUUGUUUACAAUGCUACGGGAAGCACUCUAGAAUAUGUUGGUCAAAAAGAUUGGAUUGGCCUCAUGGGAAAGUCCCCAUACCCACCACUUAUUGCAAAUGGCCAGUGGGCUGCGUUUCUGCACGUCAGAGUUCAAUGGGGCUCUUCUGCCGCUGUAGUGUAUCGCGGCAAGAACGCUGGUGGUACGAACUGCGACUGGAUGCUGAGUUGGGCCAACCCGGAGGACAGGGUUAAAUGGGACAACAGGCCAUCCUCAUUCCUUUACAAUGCGUAUGUGCGUGUGCAGGUCUACACGGAGAUUCGCAAAACUAACCACUUUAACAAUGAAGCAACUUGGGUCGAAGUCAAUAAACUCUUGUGUGCUACUCGGUCUCGGUUCUACCAUAAGGACACAUGGAACGGAUGUGUUUCAAUGAUCUCAACUGGCAGCGGCAUUUUCCCAAUUGUUGAAGGAAUACUCACUUUAGAAAAUGUCUGAGUUGGUGCAUUUGUACCCACUCACUUUAAUUUCUCGUAUGCAUGCAUGCAUGCAUGGGGACUUUUAAUAAAUUGGU